AUGGCUACAGUCACUGCAAACGGAGUGCAGCAAGAGAAUGGAUUCAGCACCACGAACAGCGCCGGCAGGAUGAACGGGCUUACCAUCGGCCAGAAUACCAUUCCAAUGAAGGACCACGACGCCAUCAAGCUUUUCAUUGGGCAGAUCCCCAGAAACCUGGAGGAGAAAGACCUGAAACCCCUGUUUGAGGAAUUCGGGAAGAUAUACGAACUCACUGUACUGAAAGACAGGUUUACGGGAAUGCAUAAAGGAUGUGCCUUUCUAACAUACUGUGCCAGAGAGUCAGCACUGAAGGCCCAGAGCGCCCUGCAUGAACAGAAGACUCUGCCAGGGAUGAACCGGCCCAUCCAGGUGAAACCAGCCGACAGCGAAGGACGAGGAGAAGACAGGAAGCUGUUUGUGGGGAUGCUCGGCAAGCAGCAGAGCGAGGAAGAUGUCCGGCGGCUGUUUGAGACCUUCGGCCAGAUAGAGGAGUGCACCGUCCUACGAGGGCCUGAUGGGGCCAGUAAGGGCUGUGCCUUUGUCAAGUUCUCCAGCCACGCGGAAGCACAGGCCGCCAUCAACAGCUUGCACGGCGGACAGACCAUGCCUGGGGCCUCAUCAAGCCUGGUUGUCAAGUUCGCAGACACGGAUAAGGAGAGGACCCUACGUAGGAUGCACCAAAUGGCGGGCCAGCUCGGCAUUUUCAGUCCAAUGACCAUCCAGUUUGGGGCCUAUGGCGCCUAUUCUCAUGCUGUAAGUCUCAGCUCGGCGGGGGAGGAGACGCAGAUGAUGCAACAGCAAGCAGCCCUGAUGGCUGCGACACAAGGCUCCUACCUGAACCCCAUGGCAGCCAUUGCCGCCGCGCAAAUGCAGCAAAUGGCAGCUUUCAAUGUCAACGGUCUGGUGGCUACCCCCAUGACACCUUCCUCAGGCACCAGCACACCCCCGGGCAUCAGCGCCACAGCCGUGCCCAGCAUAGCUGCCCCCAUUGGGGUCAACGGGUUCAGCGCCCUCCCUCCUCAGAGCAACGGUCAGCCCACCUCUGAACCCAUCUACACUAAUGGUAUUCAUCCUUACCCAGCACAGAGUCCGACGGUGACUGACCCUCUCCAGCAGGCUUAUGCGGGCGUGCAGCACUACGCAGCAGCCUACCCUGCCGCCUAUGCGCCAAUAAGCCAAGCGUUCCCCCAGCAACCAACCAUCAUCCCCCAGCAACAGAGGGAAGGGCCAGAAGGCUGCAACCUGUUUAUUUACCACCUGCCACAGGAGUUCGGAGACGCAGAGCUCAUGCAAAUGUUCCUGCCUUUUGGCAAUGUCAUCUCCGCCAAAGUCUUUGUUGACCGAGCGACCAAUCAAAGCAAAUGUUUCGAGCAGCCUUCCCAGAGCAUCACUAGAGACGGCACAGAGAGCUUCUGGGAGGACACCCCAGGAUCCCUCACUCUGCGGUCGGCCCCCCGGCCUUUUUCCUCCGGAGGAGGCCGAAUGGAAAUAGAAGGGGAGAAGGGGGCGCAGACAUCCCCAAAGCUGGAGCAGUCUCACGCUGAGGUCCGAAACAGGUGGGGCGGGGGAACUUUUCAGCCGGACCAUCCCAAGAGGUCAGAUGAGAGUUCAGGACGACAGCGAUAG